CUGGGCCUUGUCUGGACUUGCAAGAUCGAGCUUUGCUUCUCCAGUUUGGGCUUUUUGCCCGUUCUGCGAUGGUCGUCUCGCUGUCUUGUGUGUGCAGGCUGCCGUGCUUUGUCCGCUUUAAGCUGCCGUUGUCGGUUCGGCCAGGGACCGAACCACUUCAAACGGCGUCCACAGCCUUUUCAGAAUCCACCGAGCCCGCAGCCUUCCAGCCGCAGCCUUCCGGCCUGCUCGGGAGGACGCAGCCCUCCGCUCGGGGACGGCGCACGCGCCUCCCCCCCGUGGGCCAGCGCCUCGCGGCCGAGACGCCCCGUGGCUCCCCGCCGCGUCUGCCCGGGCGGCGGCUUCCCGCGCUGGGGCCUCCAGGGGGAUGGGCCUGCCCGCCAUCGUGAACGCCGAGGGCAAGGGCCUCUUCCGCAGCAUCAUGAGAAUGCACCGGACCAAGUUGCCGCAGACAAUGCGGAGCCUUGGCGAUGCUUACGUGCGAAAAGAAUUCAGGCUGCACUACAAGCCCGAGGUAGAGGGGAAGCACAGAACCAUGUUCGUCGGGGAGUGGAAGAAGUACGUCGCGAUGAUAAGCUCCCAGGAGGACGUCGUUGGCCAGGCAGCCCGCCGAGCUGGGCCCGGCGAUGCCGCCGCCCGCGGCAGCACGCCGAGGGGAUGUCGGUCGGGGCGGCGGCAGAGGAGGCAGAGCAGCGCUCGGGCAACGAUCGGGUGCCGAGUCAGAGCCCCGUCGGAGGAGGAGAAGGAGGAUCGAGGUUCUCCAGGCCUUCCGAGUGUAAGGCCUGAGAAGAUGGUAUCGCCACGACCCAGGGUCCGAUUCCCUUUGUCCCGACGUCGCUGAUGUUGCGGCGAUGCGGCACGAUCGCCAGCCCACAUACACUCCGGCUCCAUUUAGGCGGCCUCCAGGUUCUUUGACGCGCCUGCGUGUUUUGUUGCCUCGGCGGGCCUCUGGAUGGCCUCCAGAGAGGCCUUGGCUUCCCGCGACGGCGCCGGCAAGGGCUCCCGCUCACGCGGCGGAAUGCGGGACAGGGGUCACCGAUUGGGCUCGGCACCCAGCUGGAGGAGGAGGAAGACGCGGGUCGUGGACCUACUGAGUAAGUCAUGAACCACACAGUGUAGUGGAGCAAUACGCGAAUGUCGCAACACAGUGUGAGAAUGUUGGAAAGGAGGCAGCGGCAGCAAGAGUGCAAGCUCAGCCCUCAUCAGGCCGCGCCUCAGCUGAGCAUCCGUGUUUCGGCUGACCAGGGGCCAGACAAGUCAGGAGCGUGCCGACACGGGGUGCUUACAACAACACGUCGGUCGGAUAAGCAAUCGGAGUCGCUGUAAUGCCAGAGUCGAUGUAGUGCUAGAGUCGUGGCAUAUUGACCCGGCAGAUGCCGGGCCCAGGAUCGGUAUGCAUGUCUUAUUGGCCAGGUGGGCGUAGGCACCCAUACUGGGCUCAGGACUUGCCUUGCCAGGGUCGAUGCAGGUGUGUGUGUGUGGCUAGUUUUCCUCCCAGAGGAGGGGGGGUCUAAGUUUUCUGUUGUUGUGUCUUUCCGGGGACCUGAUCAGCGGCGUUGGAAGGGGCGCCGCUCACGCUGCGGAGUGCGGUCAGCGCGGCCGGCUGCCGUCUCCAGGAGCUGACAUCGGAUCAGAGGGGCAAGCUGAACGACGACCAAAAGAAGCAGCUGGGCGAGCUGGAGAAGACGGCCAAGUCCCUGUGAGGGGCACCGGCUCCCCCGCCCUUUUUUCUUCCGUUCUCGUCUCUUCCUCUCGCCCUGCUGCUGCUUCUGUGCUCCUCUGUCUCCCGCGUGCUGCUCCUCCGCCGUCCACUCCGUGUUGCCCCGAGUCGGACGCGAGAUCCUCCGCAGCGCUUCUCCAUUCGACCCCCAGGUUCUGCACCCUCCGCACGGCCGCUGCUGCCGUUGCCGCCUGCCGCUUGGAGAGUGCGGAAGAUAACGGUCGAGGGUCCAGGGCUGGAUACGGAUCGCGUCCACCGGGCCUCUCCGCGCGCGCUGCCCCGCCGGCGCGGCGCGAGUUUUCCUCCUGUCGCCACCGCCUUGCGGCAUUAAAGAGGUGGCGGCGCGGGCUGCGCGGGCUGCGCAGGCUGCGGGGGA